CGGUGACAGUUCCCGUUGCCCGGGCAACUAGGGCCGGGCUCCCUCAGUACUAGAGGGAGGCGGCAGGCCCGGGUCAGGGGCCUCGAGAUCGGGCUUGGGCCCAGAGCAUGUUCCAGAUCCCAGAGUUUGAGCCCAGUGAGCAGGAAGACUCCAGCCCUGCACUUAGGGGCCUGGGCCCCAGCCCCACAGGGGACCGGCCCCCAGGCCCUGGUAAGCACCGGCAGACGGCCCCAGGCCUCCUAGGGGAAGCUGGUCACCAGCAGGGGCAGCCGGCCAGCAGCAACCACCAUGGAGGCGCUGGGGCUGUGGAGACCCGGAGUCGCCACAGCUCGUACCCUGCGGGGACCGAGGAGGAUGAAGGGGUGGAGGAGGAAGAGCUCAGCCCUUUCCGGGGGCGCUCGAGCUCAGCGCCCCCCAACCUCUGUGCUGCACUGCGCUAUGGCCGCGAGCUCCGGAGGAUGAGCGACGAGUUCCAGGGCUCCUUCAAGGGACUUCCUCGCCCGAAGAGCGCGGGCACAGCGACGCAGAUGCGACAAAGCCCCAGCUGGACGCGCGUCAUCCAGUCCUGGUGGGAUCGGAACUUGGGGCGAGGAGCCUCCGCCCCCUCCCAAUGACCAGUCCCACAGCCCGAAACUCUCCCCCCUUCCCGGCGCCGCCGGCGGCCAUCUUGGGUGUGGGCGGAAGUCUUUUCCGCAGGCUUUAUGCAAGAAAGAGGAUCAGUUCUUUCCUUUUCGAAGGAGGCGAUCUGACCCAAAGGCCGAAUUCCCUUCCGGUGUGUACGAGGAGUACGGAGGGGUUUGGCCCCGUCGGAAGUUUUGAAGUUUAGCCGCCCUUAGCCGCCGGAAGUGGCCCCGUGACCCCGCCCCCGGCGCUGGGCUACACCUAGCGUCUGCACCAAGUUGCAAGCCGGAAAAGCCCUAACUUCACCAGAGCCCUUUUCUCCGCGGUAUCGCUGCGGGCCAUCGCUCGCAACGACAUGUGCUAAUAAAGCCCGCGUUUGUGCCUCCGAG